AUGCCGUCCUUCAAGCCCUUCUCCUCAGUGACGGGUCGCAACAGCUACAGUCUGUUUGACAUUCGGUUAGAUCAGGAUAUCAUCGUCUUUCGAGGCAACGACCAUGAGUCGUCCGGCCAAUUUCUCAAGGGCGUGGUUGUCCUAUGUCUCUCCUCAUCGCUACGCAUCGAGGAUGUACGCCUCCGCCUGACGGGGACUCUGCGAUUAUCCUGGACUGACCAAAGAUCAAGUACACCUGGUGUGUCCGGUCAGAAAGUCGACAAGACGACAACGAUACUCGAUCAUCGGUGGGCGCCAUUCGUCGGCACGCAUGGAAAAAGCAUGACGCUUCCCGCUGGCAACUAUGAAUAUCCGUUCGAGUUCCUCCUCCCCGGCGACACGGCCGAAAGCGUCGAGGGUAUCCCCGAAGCCUCCAUCACAUAUCGCCUCAAGGCCACCGUUGGCCGAGGCAAGCUGGCCUACGAUUUGCAUGCGUACAAGCACCUGCGUGUCAUUCGGACAUUGGAACCCGGCGCUCUCGAAUUCCUCCACUCGAUGAGCGUUGAGAACACCUGGCCAGACAAGGUCGACUACUCCAUUGUUAUUCCUCAGAAGGCGGUUGUCUUUGGGGGGACCAUCAACAUGGAGAUGAGGUUCACGCCACUGCUAAAGGGGCUCGAACUGGGAGAAAUUACCGCGAAGAUGCUGGAGAUAAGAGACACAUGGAUCCAAGGGGCAUCGGGCUACAACCUGCGGGAACACAGGACAGAGCGCGAGGUGUCCACGUGGCGAUUCGAAGUCAACCGCGAGGAGCACUGGCAGAACAUGAUCGAGGACACGGGCCAGGAGGGCUGGGUGCUCAUCAAGCCGCUGAGCCUCCCCAAGAGGCUUCGGCAGUGCAUCCAGGAUCUGAAUCACCACGGCAUCAAGGUUCGGCACAAGAUCAAACUAACCGUCGCUUUGAAGAACCCGGAUGGACACAUCUCAGAGCUCCGUGCCACUUUGCCCGUAUCGAUCUUCAUAUCUCCCAACGUACCAUUCGACGAACAUGGCAACCUGAUCAACCAGGCCCCUGGAGCCCCUAGCCUCGACCAAGAGUCCGGGGCCAUAGCCCCCCCUGGUUAUGGCGAGCACGUCCUCGACCAGCUAUACGAAGAUGUCGACACUGCGGGCUUCCAGACCCCCGGCAUGCAGACUCCCGGCAUCCAGUCCGGUGUAAGCAGCCCGUUCUACGCUCAUUCGCGCACAGGGUCAGCAGACAACCUGGCCGCGAUGACGCACAGUGCCCCGAUUGCCCCGGCGGCUUUAUCGUCGCGUCUUGCAGAUGUGUCGUUGGAUUCAUCACAUCGAAACAGCUCGUGGACGUCGAUGCAUUCGGCAUCGGGAAGGGUGUCCCCGACAUUCGGGCUACAUGGCUCCGGCCCGCGAUCCGAGCCGCACUCGGCAAAUCUCACCAGGAGCAACAGCGAAGAAGACAAUAGCGCUAGGAACUCGGUGGAGCACGUCGACGUGGACGCGGCCGAGCUUGCGGAACUCAAUCGGGUACCGAGUUAUGCAACAGCCGUUCGAACACCGGCGCGGUCUCAGACGCAGACGACCACUGGCCCAGUGCCCGAUUACCUCACAGCUCUCAGUGCUCCUCGCACGCCUCCAGCGACAGAUCUCAACCCUGAGCAGCUGGCACCCAUAUCGGAGGACGGAUCUGGCGAGGCACGCGGCAACGGCACAGCGCACCCGAUUGACCCGACAGUAUCAAACUGA